CACAUUACUAGCCGGCUUUCAUAUAGAUUAUCCGCCCUUUUGGAGGCCUGCGCUGUUCCCAAUCUUCAACGCUUCUCAAAGCUUUUCUUUUGCGACUGGCGCACAUGGCGCGGACUACUAAUAAUUCUGUCAGCACCAACUCACAUCCAAAUCACAAAAGACGGAAUCUCAAAAGGCGGAAGUAUACGACAUCUCCAGCGGGGAAGAACAUCAAAGCGGAACCGAAAGAUGAGCAGAUCGAAACCGCAAAGCUCCUACAUUCUCUCUCACCUCCAGAAGACUUAGGAUGGGAAAACCCAGCGGAAUUGGACUAUGUUGAUGCCAAAACAUGGACGAAGGAUGAGAUUGUGCAGCAUCUUAUCACCAACUCUUUCUCAGUCCCCUGUCGCAUACCUCGCUCUAAAUGGGCCACCAUCACCUUGGCGGAUGGCUCGACGACGGUGGUUCCGAACGCGUAUCGCAUUCCGCUCAUGUUUGUAGGGGAAUUUAUGUGGUCCUCUCUUCGGUUGGUCUUAGGGGAUGAGGGCGAGUGGGAGGAGUUCAAGACGGGCAUCUUGCAUGUGUCGAGAUUAUGCGAAGCUUUCUUAAGAGAGGCGAAGCGAGCUAUGGGUGAAGAGGGCAUGGCAAUAGGAUGGCGGUGUACGACUUUUGAUAGGGUGCUGGUGAGAUAUCGGAUGGGAUGGCUGUUAUGUGAGCCAGGGUAUCUCAAGGAGUUCUGGGAAAUGUACGGAGAGGAAGAGUAUCGAAAGGACGCCAUUAGAUUUGAUUGGAAACGGCUGGUACUAAAAGGGCAGAAGGGAUUCAAGCUAAGCGAGGAGCGGAUCGAUAACGGGAUCACGGCGUCUCAGUGGAUGAACGGGUUAAAGAAGGAAGUCAGCGGCGAUUGGAUAUGGGAUUCGACUCCGAGAACUUCAUGUUUCCAGGAAGCGACCAAGUAUCUGGAAGCAUGGCAGCGUACGAAGGUGUGGGGACAACCACCAGGAUUGUGCAUCUCCACCGAUUCUCCGACAAACGACCUCGAGUUAUCUCUGAAACACACUACAACAGAUUCUGAUCCCUCACAUGAGCGGCGGUGCUCGAUAGCGCCUCUUGAUAAUGUCCACAAUGAAGUAUCUGCGCUCCUACCCUUUCCCAGCCCCUUACCAAAAACCGACCUCCUCCAAAUCUUGUACCUCAAAUACCAGUCUCAAGAACUACGCAUAUCUUCCUUGGAAAAGGAUAUCUCUAUGCUGAAACAAGCAAAGGGGUUCACGGCUGCUGCGUUUGUCCCCGAAACCUUCGUUCCCGCUCCCAAUUUCCCAGAGCUUUCUGACCCAGACUGUUCAACGAGUUUUUGGAGGGAGCCAUUGGAGACACUAUUGUACACGGAUACAUGCGGGGAAGAAGGAGGGAUUGCGAAAUCUGAACUCGAAGUAGGCGAAGUCAGAUUCGAGAGCAAGUCAGUGUUGCCCGAGAUGGUGGAUCUGGGCGCACUGCUAGAAGAUACGGCAUCCGCCCCGAUUAAAUCCCUGCGCAAACUGCGAAGACCGUGAUUAUGUUUGAUUCAUCCAGAGUGCCUUGGCUACACUAUGUACACGCGCUAUCAUUAGUGACCCGCGCGGACUUUUGGACUGUUCCUCAGAUACCUUAAUUCUAGAACUGGUCACAUACUGUGCCACGGCCAUAAUGCUACUGAUUGGUCGAAGACUAAUGCCUUUCGAAUGAAAAGUUAUCACCAUAUUUUAACAACG